CCUCGCUCCCUCUCCCGUAAUGAGGGGGCUGAGCUGUCCCUCCGAGGAGGGGGCCUGGUGUGGAUAAAAGAGACGAAAAAGCCGGGGGAGGUUUCCAAAAAUAAAACCGUCCGGGUCCCCUUCAGACGGCUGCAGGCACGGGGAGGAGGCGCGAAGGUGCGGCAGCAGUGAGAGCCCAGCUGGAGUAGGAGCGCUGACUCCAGGCUUGGGGCGCGCAGCCCUCGCUCCGCGGAGAACCGGGCCCCCAGUCGGCCGCUUCAGGGCCCCUAGACUCAGAGAAGCCGGCCGCCGGGCGGGGCCCGGAGAACAGCCCGCGGGCGUCCAGCGCGCCGACCACAAAGCUCUUCGCGGUGCCCGCGCGCUCCACUCUCCAGCCGCCCCCGCGCCAUGAGGCCGCGGACCAAAGCCCGCAGCCCGGGGCGCGCCCCGUGGAACCCCUGGAGAGGCUUCUUGCCGCUCACCCUGGCUUUCUUCGUGGGCGCGGGUCAUGCCCAAAGGGACCCCGUAGGGAGAUACGAGCCGGCUGGCGGAGACGCGAAUCGACUGCGGCGUCCUGGGGGCAGCUACCCGGCAGCGGCUGCAGCCAAAGUGUACAGUCUGUUCCGGGAGCAGGACGCGUCUGUCGCGGACUUGCCGCCGGUGGAGCGGGCCCAGCUGGGCUGGGGAAUCCCCAGGAGGCCCACCGAGACGGAGGCCAGGAGGCCGUCCCGCGCGCAGCAGUCGCGGCGUGUCCAACCACCUGCGCAGACCCGGAGAAGCACUCCCCUGGGCCAGCAGCAGCCGGCACCCCGGGCCCGGGCCGCGCCGGCUCUCCCACGCCUGGGGAUCCCACGGCGGUCCGGGGCUGCGCCCCCAACCCCGCCGCGAGGGCGGCUCACGGGGAGGAACGUCUGCGGGGGACAGUGCUGCCCAGGAUGGACAACAGCAAACAGCACCAACCACUGUAUCAAACCCGUGUGCCAGCCGCCGUGCCAGAACCGGGGCUCCUGCAGCCGCCCUCAGCUCUGCGUCUGCCGCUCCGGUUUCCGUGGAGCCCGCUGCGAGGAGGUCAUUCCCGACGAGGAGUUUGACCCCCAGAACUCCAGGGUGGCACCUCGACGCUGGGCCGAGCGUUCACCCAACCUGCGCAGGAGCAGUGCGGCCGGAGAUGGCACCUUGGCCAGAGCACAACCGCCAGCACCACAGUUGCCGUCCGCACCACAAUCGCCGCCCGUACCACAGUCGCCGCCAGCUGGGACCCUGAGUGACCUCAGCCAGACCCACCCUUCCCAGCAGCACGUGGGGUUGUCCCGCACCGUCCGACUUCACCCGACUGCCACGGUCAGUAGCCAGCUCUCUUCCAACGCCCUGCCCCCGGGACCAGGCCUUGAGCAGAGAGAUGGCACCCAGCAGGCGGUACCUCUGGAGCACCCCUCAUCCCCCUGGGGGCUGAACCUCACGGAGAAAAUCAAGAAGAUCAAGAUCGUCUUCACUCCCACCAUCUGCAAGCAGACCUGUGCCCGUGGACACUGUGCCAACAGCUGUGAGAGGGGCGACACCACCACCCUGUACAGCCAGGGCGGCCAUGGGCACGAUCCCAAGUCUGGCUUCCGCAUCUAUUUCUGCCAGAUCCCCUGCCUGAACGGAGGCCGCUGCAUCGGCAGGGACGAGUGCUGGUGCCCCGCCAACUCCACCGGGAAGUUCUGCCACCUGCCUAUCCCGCAGCCGGACAGGGAGCCUCCAGGGAGGGGGUCCCGCUCCAGAGCCCUGCUGGAAGCCCCCCUGAGGCAGUCCACUUUCACACUGCCACUCUCCAACCAGCUGGCCUCUGUGAACCCCUCCUUGGUGAAGGUGCACAUUCACCACCCGCCCGAGGCCUCAGUGCAGAUCCACCAGGUGGCCCGGGUGCGGGGCGGGGUGGAGGAGGCCCUAGAGGAGAACAGCGUGGAGACCAGACCCCCGCCCUGGCUGCCUGCCAGCCCUGGCCACAGCCUCUGGGACAGCAACAACAUCCCAGCUCGGUCUGGAGAGCCCCCUCGGCCACUGCCCCCAGCAGCACCCAGGCCUCGAGGACUGCUGGGCCGGUGUUACCUGAACACUGUGAACGGACAGUGUGCCAACCCUCUGCUGGAGCUGACCACCCAAGAGGACUGCUGUGGCAGUGUGGGAGCCUUCUGGGGGGUGACUUUGUGUGCCCCAUGCCCACCCAGACCCGCCUCCCCGGUGAUUGAGAAUGGCCAGCUGGAGUGUCCUCAGGGAUACAAGAGACUGAACCUCACUCACUGCCAAGAUAUCAAUGAGUGCUUGACCCUGGGCCUGUGCAAGGAUGCGGAGUGUGUGAACACCAGGGGCAGCUACCUGUGCACAUGCAGACCUGGCCUCAUGCUGGAUCCAUCGCGGAGCCGCUGUGUGUCGGACAAGGCCAUCUCCAUGCUGCAGGGACUGUGCUACCGGUCGCUUGGGCCUGACACCUGCACCCUGCCUUUGGCCCAGCGAAUCACCAAGCAGAUAUGCUGCUGCAGCCGUGUGGGCAAAGCAUGGGGCAGCGAGUGUGAGAAAUGCCCUCUGCCUGGCACAGAGGCCUUCAGAGAGAUCUGCCCUGCCGGCCACGGCUACACCUAUGCCAGCUCCGACAUUCGCCUGUCCAUGAGGAAAGCCGAGGAGGAGGAACUGGCAAGGCCCCCAAGAGAGCAAGGGCAGAGGAGCAGCGGGGCACUGCCUGGGCCAGCAGACAGACAGCCACUCCGGGUCAUCACAGACACCUGGCUCGAGGCCGGGACCGUCCCUGACAAGGGUGACCCUCAGGCUGGCCAGGUCACGACCAGUGUCACCCAUACACCUGCCUGGGUCACAGGGAAUGCCACAACCCCACCAAUGCCUGAACAGGGGAUUGCAGAGAUACAGGAAGAACAAGUGACCCCCUCCACCGAUGUGCUGGUGACCCUGAGCACCCCAGGCAUUGAUAGAUGUGCUGCUGGAGCCACCAACAUCUGUGGCCCUGGAACCUGUGUGAACCUCCCAGAUGGAUACAGAUGUGUCUGUAGCCCCGGCUACCAGCUGCACCCCAGCCAGGCCUACUGCACGGAUGACAAUGAGUGUCUGAGGGACCCCUGCAGGGGAAAAGGGCGCUGCAUCAACCGUGUGGGGUCCUACUCCUGCUUCUGCUACCCUGGCUACACGCUGGCCACCUCGGAGGCCACACAGGAGUGUCAAGAUAUCAAUGAGUGUGAGCAGCCAGGGGUGUGCAGCGGGGGGCAGUGCACCAACACCGAGGGCUCAUACCACUGCGAGUGUGAUCAGGGCUACAUCAUGGUCAGGAAAGGACACUGCCAAGAUAUCAACGAAUGCCGUCACCCCGGUACCUGCCCUGAUGGGAGAUGCGUCAAUUCCCCCGGCUCCUACGCUUGUCUGGCCUGUGAGGAGGGCUACCGGGGCCAGAGUGGGAGCUGUGUAGAUGUGAAUGAGUGUCUGACCCCCGGGGUCUGUGCCCACGGAAAGUGCACCAACCUAGAAGGCUCCUUCAGAUGCUCUUGUGAGCAGGGCUAUGAGGUCACCUCAGAUGAGAAGGGCUGCCAAGAUGUGGACGAGUGUGCCAACCGGGCCUCAUGCCCCACAGGCCUCUGCCUCAACACAGAGGGCUCCUUCACCUGCUCUGCCUGCGAGAGUGGGUACUGGGUGAAUGAAGACGGCACUGCCUGUGAAGACCUAGAUGAGUGUGCCUUCCCGGAAGUCUGCCCCUCGGGAGUCUGCACCAACACGGCUGGCUCCUUCUCCUGCAAGGACUGUGAUGGGGGCUACCGGCCCAGCCCCCUGGGUGACUCCUGUGAAGAUGUGGAUGAGUGUGAAGACCCCCAGAGCAGCUGCCUGGGAGGGGAAUGCAAGAACACCGCAGGCUCCUACCAGUGCCUCUGUCCCCAGGGCUUCCAGCUGGCCAAUGGCACCCUGUGUGAGGAUGUGAACGAAUGCAUGGGGGAGGAGCACUGCGCACCCCACGGCGAGUGCCUCAACAGCCACGGGUCUUUCUUCUGUCUGUGCGCACCCGGCUUCGUCAGCGCAGAGGGGGGCACCAGCUGCCUGGAUGUGGACGAGUGUGCCGCCACAGACCUGUGUCUAGGAGGGCACUGUGUCAACACCGAGGGCUCCUUCAACUGUCUGUGUGAGACUGGCUUCCAGCCCUCCCCAGAGAGUGGAGAGUGUGUGGAUAUCGACGAGUGUGAGGACUACGGAGACCCGGUGUGUGGCGCCUGGAAGUGUGAAAACAGCCCUGGCUCCUACCGCUGUGUUCUGGGCUGCCAGCCUGGCUUCCACAUGGCCCCGAACGGAGACUGCAUUGACAUAGACGAGUGCACCAAUGACACCAUGUGUGGCAGCCACGGUUUCUGUGACAACACUGACGGCUCCUUCCGCUGCCUCUGUGACCAGGGCUUCGAGAUCUCUCCCUCAGGCUGGGACUGUGUAGACGUGAACGAGUGUGAGCUUAUGCUGGCGGUGUGUGGGGCCGCACUCUGUGAGAAUGUGGAGGGCUCCUUCCUGUGCCUCUGCGCCAGUGACCUGGAGGAGUACGAUGCCCAGGAGGGGCACUGCCGCCCACGGGGGGCUGGAGGUCAGAGUAUCCCUGAGGCCCCAACGGGGGACCAUGCCCCGGCCCCCACCCGCAUGGACUGCUACUCUGGGCAGAAUGGCCAUGCGCCCUGCUCCAGCGUCCUGGGCCAGAACACCACGCAGGCUGAAUGCUGCUGCACCCAGGGUGCUAGCUGGGGAGAAGCCUGUGACCUCUGCCCGUCUGAGGACUCAGCUGAAUUCAGCGAGAUCUGCCCGAGUGGAAAAGGCUACAUUCCUGUGGAAGGAGCCUGGACGUUUGGACAGACCAUGUACACAGAUGCGGAUGAGUGUGUGAUAUUCGGGCCUGGCCUCUGCCCGAACGGCCGGUGCCUCAACACCGUGCCUGGCUAUGUCUGCCUGUGCAAUCCCGGCUUCCACUACGAUGCUUCCCACAGGAAGUGUGAGGAUCAUGAUGAGUGCCAGGACCUGGCCUGUGAGAAUGGCGAGUGCGUCAACACGGAGGGCUCCUUCCACUGCUUCUGCAGCCCCCCACUCACCCUGGACCUCAGCCAGCAGCGCUGCAUGAACAGCACCAGCAGCACGGAGGACCUCCCUGAUCACGACAUCCACAUGGACGUCUGCUGGAAAAAAGUCACCAAUGAUGUAUGCAGUGAACCCCUGCGUGGGCACCGCACCACCUACACGGAAUGCUGCUGCCAGGACGGCGAGGCCUGGAGCCAGCAGUGUGCUCUGUGUCCCCCCAGGAGCUCUGAGGUCUAUGCUCAGCUGUGCAACGUGGCUCGCAUUGAGGCAGAGCGGGAGGCCGGGGUCCACUUUCGGCCAGGCUAUGAGUAUGGCCCCGGGCCUGAUGACCUGCACUACAGCAUCUAUGGCCCAGACGGGGCCCCCUUCUACAACUACCUGGGCCCUGAAGACACCGUGCCUGAGCCUGCCUUCCCCAACACAGCCGGCCACCCAGGGGACCACACACCCAUCCUUGAGUCUCCUUUGCAGCCCUCAGAACUCCAGCCCCACUACGUGGCCAGCCAUCCAGAGGCCCCAGCCGGCUUCGAAGGGCUUCAGGCAGAGGAGUGCGGCAUCCUGAACGGCUGUGAGAAUGGCCGCUGUGUGCGCGUGCGGGAGGGCUACACCUGCGACUGUUUUGAGGGCUUCCAGCUGGAUGCGGCCCACAUGGCCUGCGUAGAUGUGAAUGAGUGUGAUGACUUGAACGGGCCUGCUGUGCUCUGUGUCCACGGUUACUGCGAGAACACAGAGGGCUCCUACCGCUGCCACUGCUCCCCGGGAUAUGUGGCCGAGGCAGGCCCCCCCCACUGCACUGCCAAGGAGUAGCAGUCAGUGGUCAGUGUGGCAACUACUUGGAAAUGGCCUCCAGUCACAGGCAGGGGCCUUGAGGAUGAUUUCCUAGCUGGGAAGACACUGCGACAUCAGGCCAGACGUUCCCAAUCAGCCUUGCCUGCUUUCAUCUCUCCCAGCUUAGCCUCUGGCUGUAAGCUUCGGUCACUGCCUCCAUGCCCUUGCUUGGCUCAAGCACCACCAAUCACUUUAAUGCUUCAGCCACCACAUGAGGCCUUGUCCACCACCUUUCCUGGCCUUGCUAUUGGAUGCUUAACAAAGGAUGGCCCUCAUCCACCCUCCCAAGCUGUGCAAGCAUGCAAGGCCCUGUGGCCUCACACUGCAGACACCCCUUUCCAGCCACAAUCCACCAUCAUCCUGAUGAUCCCACAACUGGGACAGAGGCUACAUCUGCCCUAGGGAGGUCCUUCAAAAUCUGUGGAGCAAGAAAGGAUUUGGGGAAGCUUGGGGACUGACUCCAGCGCCUCCCAAGAACCAUCACCACCACUCAGCCAAUCUGUUCUGGGCCCUGAUUUUGCCACACCUCCAACCUGUAGCCCAUUCUCUGACCCCAAGGAGUGGCAGAAGAUCCCUUCACUCAGAGAAGCAAGACUGAUAUUAGCUUGUUGAGUGUAAGAGACACAAAUGAAGAACAAAGACCUGGGGAAAGCAGCAAGAGGACAUUAUGAAAAAUAUGUGGAGUUGAUAAGAAAGGGGAGCCAAGGCUUUAUAUGUCUAAAGAAAAUAUUCAGUAGCUGUAAACAUUCAAAAUCCGCCCAGUGAUAGCCCUUGUGCACCAGCAGCAAGGGCUGCCACGGGACAGAGGACCCAUCUACAAAGACCUCUGUUACAUAAACACUGCUUCUUACAGGAAACAAACCUCUUCUGGGCUCUCCUUUUGUGAAAACCAGUUUGAUGUGCUAAAAGUAAAAAGUCUAUUUUCUAGUGUGGUCUUGUUCAGAAGAAGCCAGAUUUCCAAUAUUGUUUUUCCCCUCUACUCAGAAGCCCCUGCCCCUUCCCUUCAGAAAAUGAUGGCAGGCAUUCCUCUGAGUUUACAAGCAGAGACUCACACCAACCCAAACUAGCUGGGAGUUCAGAACCAUGGUGGAAUAAAGAAAUGUACAUCUGGUCUCUUCUGUUCUUGUUUUUAUUUCAUAUCAAAUCAAAUUUCUUUACCAUGUUGGCUAAGUCUAAAUAUUAGAGACAAAGCUGUGCCUACUCCCUGGCCAGCUCUGCUGAUAGCCUAUGAUAGAUUCCAAUGGGAAAUUACUCUUUACUACUAAAAGACAAGGAAAGCUCUGACUUUGCACUUCUCCGAUGAAUGGCAAUGUAAAUGAACAAGGCUCCAUGUGACUGGAGCAUGGAAGUGAAUGCUACUUUCUUAAUUUAAUCUGCCCUAGCCUACCUGCUCCUCUGAUUAUUAGCCAUCACAUAACUUAUUGAAUGCUUGCCAUGUGCCAGGCACUGUGCUGAGUGCUAUACAUACAUUUCAUUUAAUUAUCCAAUAAUCCUACUUACUAUUGUUUAUUCUCAAUUUACAGGUGAGGAAACUGAGACACAGAAAGCUUAAAUAAUUUGCUCUAUGCCCCUAUACUAAUUGAGAUGUUUUCAGCAGACAAAACUAAAUCACUCUUACACAUGUAAAAAUAUUCUUUCACUCAUAAUAAAAGAAAUGCAACUUAAAAUCAUACUGAGAUCCUUUUUAAAACUGUCAGAUUGGCAAAUAUCAAAAAGCUUGUUAAGACUCCUAGCUGGCAAGCAUGUGGGAAAUAGGCACUCUCAUAAUAGCUGCCAGAAGUACAUAUUGAAGAGGGCAAUAUGGCAAUGCCCUUCAAAAUUAUAAAAGCACUAAUUCUUUGAUCCAGUAAUUUCCACUUCUAGGAACUUAACCUUCAGAUAUAUUUUCACCAGAUAUAAAAUGACAUAUAAGAAGUUAUCACUGCAUCAUUUGUAAUAGCAAAAGAUUAGAAACAAUUAAUUGCUAUGGAACCCUUAAAAAAGGUGGCUGUAAAUUCCUUAAGAAAGAUAUCCAAAACAAAUUAAGGGAAAAAGGGGGUUGCAUAACAGCGUGUAACAUAACACUGUCUGUCUAAAGAAUGGGGAAAAAGAAGCGGUUGUCUGUUCACCUCAUCCUUGCCACUUCGCCUUAUACCUCACCAUUCAGAGAACUUCUUACCAUCCCCCAAAUAUAUCCUGCUGGCACUACACCUUCAUAACUGCUGUUCCCACUGCCCCCACAACACUCCAAUCUUCGCCUUCCUGCCCAACCUUGAGAUAUUGCAUGCAUAUGUACGUAUUUCCUUUGUUUAAAACACAAAUAGCAUACUAUGCAUGCUGUUCUGCACUUUGCUUUUUUUUUUUUUGGCUUUAUACUUGCAAGUAGAGCUGCCUCAUUUCAUUUUAUAGCUGUAUACUAUUCCAUUGAAUGGAUAAACCAUUAAUUUAUUUAAUCAGUCCCUUACUGACAGACAUUUCCAUUGUUUUCUUUUGCUAUAAAUAAUGCUGUAAUGAAUAUUCUUGUGCAUAUUUCACAUUAAUUUAUGGGAUUAUAUCUGCAGGAUAAAUUCUUAGAAACAAUGGUGGUUUGUGGGAAGGAUGACAGGGUGGAUAGGUACAGGAUUGGGAGACUUUUCACUGUAUCUCCUUUUGUAUUCUUUUGAAUUUUGUACCAUAUGUAUCACCUAUUCAAAAAAAAUAAAAUAUUUUUAAAUACA